AUGCCUCAAACAUCAGACGUGUCCGUGAUUGAAACACAAGAUGUGGGACGUGAGCUCAAAGAUCUAGAAUCUGGAGCUCGUGAUUCCAAGACAUCUUUAUUUAAUGUAUACUAUGAGCAUACAGAAUCGCGGGGAACCGAUGAGUUGGUCACGGCUGAACUAAAAUCGCCCGGAACACACGAACUAGUCAAGAGUAAACCGUCUUUUUUCAAUAGAAUGGCCUCUGCUUUAAACGCCGAGACAAAGGGUAUUGAACCAAUUACGGAAGAUGAGAAAACCGAUGAUUCCAUACUUAAUGCAGCAACUAUAUGGUUUUCAAGUAAUAUGGUUAUUGUAGCAUACUCCGUAGGUGCCUUGGGUCCUAUGGUGUUUGGUCUAAAUUUCGGUCAGAGUGUUUUGGUUAUUGUUUUUUUCAAUAUUUUAGGUUUGAUGCCUGUUGCAUUAUUUUCUCUAUUUGGUGUAGAACUAGGACUAAGGCAGAUGAUUUUGUCCAGGUAUCUCGUCGGUAAUAUCACGGCAAGAUUUUUUUCUUUUGUUAAUGUUAUUGCUUGUGUUGGUUGGUGUGUUUUGAACAUUUCUGUUUCCGCUCAACUGUUAAACAUGGUGAAUGAAGGCUCUGGUCAUGUCUGUCCUCUUUGGGCCGGUUGUUUGAUCGUUGCUGGUGGUACUGUUCUUGUGACAUUCUUCGGUUACAGUGUCAUCCAUGCUUAUGAAAAAUGGUCAUGGAUACCUAAUUUUGCAGCCUUUUUAGUCAUUAUUGCACAACUAUCCAGGUCUGGAAACUUUACAGGUGGUAAAUGGGUAGGAGGUGCAACUACUGCAGGUGGUGUUCUAUCUUUUGGUUCAUCCGUUUUCGGGUCUGCAGCGGGUUGGGCAACUUAUGCAGCAGAUUAUACUGUGUACAUGCCAAAGAACACAAGUAAAUACAAGAUUUUCUUUUCCGUAGUUGCGGGUCUUGCGUUUCCUCUAUUUUUCACUAUGAUACUUGGUGCUGCCUCCGGUAUGGCGGCCCUUAAUGACCCAACCUGGAAGGCAUACUAUGAAAAAAACGCCAUGGGUGGUGUGAUCUAUGCCAUCUUGGUUCCCAACUCUCUACACGGGUUUGGUCAGUUCUGUUGUGUUAUAUUGGCUCUUUCAACCGUUGCCAAUAAUGUUCCUGGAAUGUAUACUGUUGCUUUAUCCGCCCAAGCUUUGUGGGCACCUUUGGCUAAAAUACCGAGAGUUGUCUGGACCAUGGCUGCCAAUGCCGCAACGUUGGGUAUCUCUAUACCUGCCACCUAUUACUUUGAUGGGUUCAUGGAAAACUUCAUGGACUCCAUCGGUUAUUACUUGGCUAUCUACAUCGCCAUUGCCUGCUCCGAGCAUUUCAUUUACAGGCGUUCGUUUAGCGCUUACAAUGUCGAUGACUGGGAUAAUUGGGACCGUUUACCUAUUGGUAUUGCAGGUAUUGCUGCCUUAUUUGUUGCUGCCUUCGGCGUUGCCUUGGGUAUGUGUCAAACUUACUGGGUUGGCGAAAUCAGUCGUUUGAUCGGUGAUUAUGGUGGUGAUAUUGGUUUCGAAUUAGGCGGAAGUUGGGCAUUUAUUGUUUACAAUAUUGUCAGACCUUUAGAGCUCAAAUAUUUUGGUCGUUGA